AGCGGGGAGGGCUGGGGGAGCGGGAGGGAAAGGGACAGAGAAAACCGACCCGGCCCAACCGAAAAGCCCGCUUCUUUCUUCCCCAGCCCGAAGGCCGGCCCUGGGACCCCCUCUCUCCUCGGGAGCGCUGGCGUUCAGAGACAAAAGAGAGGAGAGGGCCGCGUGCUGACCACCUGGUCUGCCCCCGGCCCAGUCGUGGUCCCCGGGGUUGUUAGGCCAGGCCCUGUACAGGGCAGGAAAGACCUGUGCCAUCUAGAAACACUUUAGAACUCGGGAUGGCAGGGCAGAAAGAGACCUAGAACACAGGAUGUUAGGGCUUGAAGGGACAAAGUCAGAGCUGGAAGAGAGCUUAAAACGUGAUAGCAGGGCUGUAAGAAACUUUAGAACAUGGUAUUUGGGGACUGGAAGGACAUUAGAAUAUGUGGGAGAUGGCAGGACUGAAAGAGAUUUUAGAACUAGAUGCAUUCGAACUUAAAGAACUUUGGAACCUAGAAUAUCAGAAUUAGAUGGAACUUUGGAACCUAGUAUGUUAGAGGGAAGAAGAUCUUAGAAUCAAAUGUCAAAGUUGGAAGGAACCUUAAAACUUAGAAUGUUAUAGAUGGGAAGCACUUAUAACGUGAGAAGACACCUUAGAUCAUGGAGUCUGAACUAAUUUUACAGAGGUGAAAACAAACACAUAGUAGAGGUGAUGAUACAACUUUCCCGUCACCCAGCAGGUUAAUUGCAAAUCUAGGUCUAGAGCUUAGUUCCUUUUGGUGGUUUGUUAUUAUACCACACUAGCUUCUUCCUCUGGUUCCUUCUCAAAGCCUAAUGCUCGAGUGAUUAUGAGGGGAAAGUAUUCAAAAAAAUUAAUUUCCUCCAAUCCUUGUGGGAUAUAAAGCAGAGUUUAUAAACCAAUGGAUGUAUAAAUGCCCUUUGUCUUUCGAAUUAGAGACAAGAAGCUGAAUCAAGUUAGUAUGUCUGCCCUGUAUUAUUUCUCUUGACUUUCUUUCUGCCACCUUAGAGAAAUUCCUCUGACCAAGAGACCAAGAUUUGUGACUCAACUUCUAGCUGGAUGAAGUAGAUGAUGGCUACAGCUCUUUGCCCUCCAGUAAAGACUCCUUUGGAGCUAGAGGGACACCUGAUAAAAGUAGAAAAGGACACUUCAUGGUCUUCUGAAUCAACCUAUCAAGGGAAUGACUCUGAUUCUGAGACCUUGCGCAAGAACUUUAGGCAAUUCCGUUAUGAGGAUGUAUCUGGACCCCACGAAGCUUUCAGCCAACUCUGGAAACUUUGCUGCCAGUGGCUGAAGCCAGAAAUGCAUUCCAAAGGGCAAAUCCUUGAAUUAUUGGUACUUGAGCAGUUCCUGACCAUUUUGCCCAAAGAAAUGCAGACUUGGGCAUGGAAACAGUGUCCAGAGAGUGGUGAAGAAGCUGUAGCCCUAAUUGCAGAUUUGGAAAAAGAACCUGGAAGCCUGAGGCAGCAGGUUACAAAUCAUGUGCACUUAGAGAAGACACUGUCCCUUGGAGCAGCAUGGGAAGUACCAAGCUUUCAAAUGGAACAAGUAAAAGGCCAGCCUAAGAUGAUAACAGAGGAGAAGGCUGGGAAACUACAUUUAGGACUUCAGGGACAACUAAACCAUAAAGGGGAGUCACGACCCUUACAAAAAAAUGCUUUUCCUCCUUGGGUUCCUGACUUUCCUGAAAAGAGGAACACUAGACAACAGGAAAUAAUGGCUAUGCCCCUUCUUACUGCUGGGUCCCAGGAACCUAUAUGUUCAGGAAUGUCCAGAAAUCUCUCCUACAAAAAGUGGGAACAUCUAAAUCCUGCUCAUAAGAACUUCUGCAGGGGUAUCAUGAAGGAGAAUUAUAGGAACAUGGUUUCACUAGGAAUUCCAAUUUCAGCAGCUAAGAAAGUGUCCCAACUAACUCGAGGGAAAAAGCCAUGGGUCUUAGCCCUCCAAGGCUCUAGUAAAAGACAUGUCCUACGAGGCAUUCAUACAGGGGAGAAGCGGGGACCCAUCCAGGUACUAGCAAAAAGGAAUGGAAAAACCUGGAGAGAGCAGCAGCCAUGGGUCUUGGAAGAUGAAAGGAUUGCUGGGGUACAUUGGAGCUAUGAGGAAACAAAGACCUUUCUGGCAAUUCUCAAAGAGUCUCGGUUUUAUGAAACACUUCGGGCUUGUCCUCGAAAUAGCCAGAUAUAUGGAGCUGUGGCUGAGUGGUUACGAGAAUGUGGCUUUCUCCGGACACCAGAGCAAUGUAGGACCAAGUUUAAAAGUCUCCAAAAGAGCUACCGAAAAGUAAGGAAUGGCCACAUGCUGGAGCCCUGUGCCUUCUAUGAAGAGAUGGAUGCCCUAUUGAAUCCUGGACCCAAUGCCAGAACUACUGACAUCCUAAAAGAGACUGACUCUCCUCAAAGGCAGGGGGAUGUCAUUCCCAAAGCUGAAGAACAGAACAGAUGGAAGCAGGAGGAAGCUGCAGAAGAAUCUGAUAGUGAUGAAAUGGGCAUUGAGUUUACCCCAAAGCCUGAGAUCUCUGGGACUCCAGACUUCUUCCAAAACUUAAGUGGUGUACACUGGGGCUAUGAGGAAACUAAGACUUUCCUUGACAUUCUUAGUGAGUCUCGGUUUUAUGAAGCCCUUCAAGCCUGUCAUCGAAAGAGCAAAGUAUAUGGGGCAGUGGCUGAGCAGCUUCGAGAAUGUGGCUUCCUUCGGACACCAGAACAGUGCCGGACCAAGUUCAAAAGUCUUCAGAAGAGUUACCGCAAAGUACAGAGUGGCAGUGUGCUAGAAUCAUGUGUCUUCUAUAAGGAGUUGGAUGCCCUGAUGAAUACCAAGGCUUCUGCUGCCCCCACUGCUACCCUGAAGGAAAUAAAGCCUCUGGUGCAAGAAGAACAUGGUACUGACAUCAAACCUCAAGAGCAGAGAGACUGGGAACAUGAAGAGUCCUUACAAGCAGCUAUGGUGGAGGACUCUGAAAGCCAAAGAAUUUGUACCAAGGAACUGAUAGAAGAGCCUGGAUCCCCGUGCACUCCAACUUUGGGUCAGAACCUGAGCGGUUUUGAGAUGAGUAGUAGGAAUAAGGAAGAGCCAACACAAAUUUAUGAGAAAGUAGAACUACAUUCAACAUUACCAGGAAAAUCUAAAGAUGGCAUUCCCCAUGAUACUGAUCCAGGAAAAGAUCACACAAUGGAGUACAAGUUAAAAAGACGGUGGAGAAAUUUCCUCCCAGGAGAUAGACAAGAAAAAUUCAUUAUCCAGCAGAGAGAUUUAGGAAAGGUUACAGGUCAUCGGAGACCUUUCAUGGGACGGAAACCUUAUAGAUUUUUCAAAUAUGGGAGAAGUUUUCUUCAGAGUUCACAUCUUCUUAUGUGUCAGACAGCUUAUCAGAAAGAAAAUCCUUACAAAUGUAGUAUGUGUGGAAAGUGCUUUGGUAGAAGCAGGAGCCUUAUUAGACACCAAAGAAUCCACACAGGAGAAAAACCUUUUAAAUGUGCUGAGUGUGGGAAAAGCUUCAAUGAGUCCUCAAACUUUGGUGCUCACCAGAGAAUCCACACAGGAGAGAAACCCUAUAAAUGUAGUAUGUGUAGAAAAUGUUUCAGUCAGAGCUCAAGCCUUAUAAUACAUCAAAGAACUCACACAGGAGAAAAGCCUUAUCAGUGUGAUGAGUGUGGGAAAAGCUUCACCAACAGCUCUCACUUUAGUGCCCAUCCUCGAAUACACUCAGGAGAGAAUCCUUAUAAAUGUGUGAAUUGUGAAAAAAAAGUUUUAGCAACUGUACCCAAUUUAGAGAACAUCAGAGAACUCACACAGGAGAAAAACCCUAUGAAUGUUCUCACUGUAGUAAAAGCUUCAGCAAAAGCUCAGCUCUUACUAAACACUGAGAGAGAAAAGCUUGCAUCACAACUUAAAUCUGAUUGUACCCCAGAAAAUUUAGACAGGGCUGAUGAGUUUGGAAAGACUUUUUGAUAGAGGGCAUCUUCUAAUUAAAUGUCCCUUUGGCUUAAAAAAAAUAAUUUGCAUUCCUCAUCCUCAUUCAUAAAAUAAUCUGUCACAGUCCUGGAAUCAAUUCUGUAUUUAUUAUAAAAAAUAAUUCUUAAGAUAGCCAGGAAGUGUUGAUGUUCAGGUCAAGCUCCUAUUUGUCUCAACUUGAAUCUUCCUCUGAUUCUUCUAUGAUUUGAUGCCACCUGUUUUUUAAAAAGUGGUGAAAACAUGGUGUCUUACUUAACGAUGUUAAUCUGUUCUCUAUCUUAUGGCUGAUUAUACUGGAUUAUUGAUUCCAACAAUAUCAGUUGAAAGAUGUUUCUUUAAGGAAAUGGGAAACCUAAACAUAAUCACUUAACAAUCCCCAAAUGAAUUUGGGCUCAUUAGUAUAUCAGAAUCUUGGGUCUGGAAGGGACUUUCAAGAACCUCUCCCCAGAAUUGUAUCUAAAGCAUCCUAAAUAGAUGAUUAACUAUUCUUGUACUGUAUUUUAAGUUCAUUGUUCCGGUCCUUCUAUCUUUGGGAGAAAGACAGAAACUGGUCACCUUCUUUGUGUAAUAUAUAAUUGGAGAUUAAAUUCCCUUAGCCUUUUCAAGGAAAAGUCCUAUUUCUUUUUAAUUCUUGUAGUUCUUAACUCUUUUAAAUUCUUGCUGUUGUUUAAAAUGUCUGAAUUUUUAUAUCCAUCUUGGACUAAAUAGAAUGCAUGCUUCUGAUAUAUAUUAUUGUCAGAAUAAAAUAAAAUUUCAAAUACCUUA